AUGGCUUGUCCUUGUAUAUCUAGAAUUGCUGAACUCCUAACAGCUACACAUCCUAAUUGGAGUCUUGCAGCUAUUCGAUUCGCAAUGAUGACCACUGCAAAUCAAUUUGAUAAUACUCAAAAACCCAUCAAGAACAUGGUCUUUGAUUAUGAAGUUUCUACACCACUUGCCUUGGGGACAUGGCAAGUUGAUCCAAACCGCACCCUAAAUCUUGGAUCUCGUUUGUGCAAUGAAUGCUACACACAAGCAAACUUAAUCAAUCAUAAGAUCAAGCUACUAUUGCUCAAAUCCAUCACCUGA